CCUGAGCUCUAAAUUAUUAACAAUCAGCUAACAUGGUAAAUUGUAAUGUGGUAAAAUCUUUUCUUCUUUGUUUAGCUAAACCUCUAACGAAAAUAUUAUGCAAUUUCCGGAUCCACAUUGUGCCAAAUAUACGUAUAUAUAGUUGGAUCCAAAGCUUGUUCAGUCAGUAUUCAUCAUCUACUGGCAUUAAGACAUAUCGACAACACAGGUUCUUGCAAACAUGCAGUGUUCAUACUUGAUUUUCCUUGCUGUAGUAUGCACAGCACAUUCUGUUUUGACAAUGUCAUUAAAGGAGAUCAAUGAUGCUUGUAAGAAAGAGCAUAACUUUGAUGGCGAUUUAGAUAAAAUUAAUUAUAACGAUCCUGCAUUCCCAAAAGAAGCUAAGCUGAAAGCAGAUGGAUCCUUUGACAAAGAAAAGGAUAAGGAGGCUGUUGAAGAAAUGGUAAAAGAUGAAGAGCUCAAAGCAAAGUUGUUGGCAGCGAUUGAAGAAUGCGAUGUUACAGCGAAAGCAGAUAAAUGUGAAGCGGCUUACGAGUUUGUAAAAUGCAAGAAAGCGAAGGCUGGAUCACAUUGAAUAUGAGGAAGGAAGGCUCAAAUAUUAAAUUAGAUUAUUCCCACUUAUAUGUAGUCAAAUAUAUAAAUAUAAAUAUAUAUCUCAUGUAUAUAAGUAUAUCGCAUAUACAUUGUUUUUAAAUCUUUAACAAUAAAUAUUAUCUUCAAAUA